CCUACUUGUUUGUUAUCAUUUAUCACCAAAACGUUUUUUAUCAUUAUAUAACGCCUUGUUAAGUAAUGGCCAUUUUUAUCGCAUAUGUCGAGGGGCAUAUGCGAGUCAAUACAAGUCCUGGUAACUUUCAAGCAUCGUAAUCAAAAGCAAUCAAACGUGAUUAUGUCGUAUGUCAAUGAAAUGUCAGCACCUAUUGUCUGUGUCACCAAAGAGUGACCGACUUGAUUAUAUUCGUCUUAUAAACUCGUGUCACCUUCGUUGAAAAUAAUACAACUUGAAAUAUGAAUUUACGAACGAUCGCCGUUUUUAUCGUGAUUUGUCAUUUUGCGAGAGGGUGAGGUGUGAUCAUCAUUAUUACGCAUGAUGUACUCGAAAAUUAAUUAUGCGAACAGCCAUACAAGAUUACGGAUCUAGGAGAGCGAAAGCAUCCUAUGACCGUAAAUAUCGAGAAAAAUCACAAAUGAUUGAGAACAAACGACUUCCUUCGCGAAUUAACCUCCAUUGCAAACAAAAACUGCAAAUUCACUUUAAAAUGGAUAGAAUGAUGCUGUUCGAUUUCACGGAUAUCCAAAGUGUGGAUGAUUGGUGGGAGAUAUCUGACACUGUAAGGACAGUAGGAAAAUCCAAAGCUGUCUUAACUCUACAAACGAGUCAGCUCUUCCAAAGAGCAGUCUUCUUCACGCUGCUGAAACCGCAGCCAAAUGGUGCCGGUUUCGCUGGCGUCAGAAAACUGACAAAUUUGAAUCUGUCAAGAUUCAGAAAUAUUGAGAUCACUUGCCGAGGACAAGGCCAAAAUAACCACUAUAAGAUAUCCCUGAGACAUCGAGGACAGAAUUCCAAUAUAUAUAUCAGCUACGAACAAUUCUUCACGGUAUUAAUAUCGGACGACAUAUUUACCAUGGUGACUUUACCUUUGAAAGACUUCAAACCUUAUUAUCGUGGAGUUGAGAUUCCGUUCGGUGAGCCUCUAGAUACAGCAAAUAUUACAAUGUUCGAAUUUCAAAUUUACGGAGGCGUUUAUCUGCCUAUCAAGCAACGUGGUGUGUCCGCAUUAGAGAUAGAAACGGUGGCAGUUUCCUCUUAAUAAUCAUUCUGGUCUUCUAAUCGUAAAAGAAAAAAACGAAGCGUCUCCUCCGAAGAAUUUUUAUUUAUGUACACAUCAAACGUUUACAUCCAUACUAUGAAUGACAAACAUAUAUGUAUUGGAUAUUUUAU